CCCUGUGGCGACGGCCGUAAGUCCAAAAUCCGCUUAUGGAUGCUGGAACGGGGUUCUCUUGCAUUUCCAGUCGGACGUGUGCGUCACAUGGUCGGAAGUUAGGACCUCCUCGCCUCGCUCCUCCCAGAACGUUGUGGGUAUCUGCUUCGUAGAGACGGCAUGGACUUCAUGGCAGACCGCGAUGUGCAAAAGUACGCGGAGGACGGCUACGUGGUUCUGGACGGGCUUUUGACCCCGCAGGAGUGCGACCAGCUGCGGCAGAGGAUGUCUGAGGUCGUGGACGACAUGGACGUCCCGGCGCACUGCCGCACCACCUUCUCCACCGACCAGGACGAGCAACUCAAAACGCAGGGAAACGCAGACUAUUUCAUCACCAGCGGAGAUAAGAUCCGCUUCUUCUUCGAGAAGGGAGUUUUUGACGACAAAGGAGAAUUUGUGGUGCCGAAGCAUCGAUCGCUGAAUAAAGUCGGACAUGCUCUUCAUGCUCAUGAGCCUUUGUACAGAAAGGUUACACAUUCAGCCAAAGUCCAGGGCAUCGCCAGGAAGCUCGGCCUCGUUCAUCCCGUCAUACUGCAGAGCAUGUACAUCUUCAAGCAACCUGGGAUAGGUGGGGAAGUAACGCCUCACCAAGAUGCCACUUUUUUGUACACGGAGCCCCUGGGGAGGGUGAUGGGCCUGUGGAUCGCCCUGGAGGACGCCACGGUCAGCAACGGCUGCCUGUGGUUCAUCCCGGGGUCGCACAAAACAUGCGACGUGACUCGACGAAUGGUGCGGACUGCAAAGGGCACCUACCCUCUCACAGACUUUGUCGGCAAAGAGCAGAACUAUGAUGACGACAACUUUGUCCCAGUAGAAGUAAAAAAAGGCGGCGUUGUCCUGAUUCACGGCCAGGUGGUGCAUCGCAGUGCUGAGAACAUCUCUGAGGACUCCCGGCACGUGUACACCUUCCACGUCAUGGAGUCACAGGACACCCGCUGGAGCCCUGAGAACUGGCUGCAGCCCACCGAAGAGCUUCCUUUUCCGCCUCUUUACGCCAAAUGAAGGAUUUCACAGCAAAGCGAACAGAAGAAGCUGCCAUCUCUGGUGGUUUGUUUUGUAGAAACAUCUUGCACUCAUUCUUAAAUACAAAUCAUAAAUUGAUGAAUGAUC